GACGAAAUAAUAAUUUGGCAUAGUUGUUCCAUAUUAAUUUAUUUUUAAAUAUAUAGAAUUAUUUUAAUGAAGUCUAUUUAAUCCAGUAGUAUGCGAUGGCUAGUUUCUUAAACAUUUAAAAUGCAAUGCCGCACUCAGCCGAUUUGGAUUUUAAUUCACAGCGGAUCUGUUCUUAGCUGAACGCUCUAGAGUAAUUUGGAAAUAUACGACAUUUGUUUGGAGUUUUGCUUUCAACUCUCUGUACCAUAGGUUAAAUGAUUAUUAUACAUGACUAAAAAUGUCGAAAAAGACUCAGCCACAGUUGAUAGUUGGCAUGACGAUUGCGUCACUAUUAGCCCUCAGUUUUGGGUUCACCACAGCCAAUUUGAACAUUUGCAAGGAUUUUAUGAUUGUGGAACUCGAGUGGUGUAAAGGCGCUGAGACUAUUGAAUGUAGUAAAGCGGCCAUACUUGGAGGUAUUGCCAACGGGGCGAUCUAUGCUGGUGCUGCUGGUGGGUCACUUCUCAUGGGAUUCAUUGCAAAGUACGGGCGAAGGGUAAACAUGACUUUGAUAUCCUCCCUAUACAUUGCUGGGUCUACGAUGAUUGCCACUGCGCAUUGUUUUAAUUGUCUUCUAAUUGGACGCAUAGCCUGUGGCGUUGCCAUUGGUUUGUCUGGAGUCGUUCCGAUGUUUAUUAGUGAAAUUUGUCCCUCUGAAUCUAGAGGAGCCUUUGGCAUAAUUUACCCUGCAUGCAUCACAUUUGGGCAGUUUGCGUCCUGCGCAUUUCAACUUUCUCACGGUUAUGUCCUUGGUGCCAAGAGUGUGUAUGUUACGAUCCCGUUUCUUGACAAGUUUUUGUGGCGCUUCUGCCAAAUGUUCCCCGCCUUCUUUUCAGCAAUUGCUCUGGUCCUCCUCAGAGUUUCAUUCACAAUGUCCACACCUCACGAACUCGUGGAAAAGGGCAAAGUGGAGGAGGCUAAAGUCGUCAUUGAGAAGCUCCACGGACCUGAAAGGGUGGAUGAGGUCUACGAGGAGAUCGAUCGUAACCUCGAGGUUGCCAAGGCUACACCAAACAUUUCAUUCAUUCAAGCGGUAAAAAACAAGACGUAUAGAGUAGCCAUCAUGCAUGGCAUCAUCUUGGCUAUCUUCCAACAUCUUACGGGCAUUUCAAUCUUGACCUCAAAUACCGCCAAGAUGUUCACCGUUAUGCUCGGUCGUACAUACAAUGCGGUUGUACUGUCCUGCAGUAUUACACUCCUUAAUACCCUAAUAACAAUUUUUCAAGUCCCCUUUCUGGACAAGUUUGGGAGGAGGACAUUUUUCCUCACCAGUAUCUCUAUUUUCACGGUAUUCUCGACGCUACCAGCACUUUCCAAGCUGAUUGAUGCAAAGGCUGCAUGGUCAGGAUGGGUCUCAGUUGCUGGAACAAUUGGUUUUAUUUUUGGCUUUGCGUUGGGUAUGGGGGGUGUGUUUUGGGUUUACAUACCGGAAAUGUACUCCCCCGAAUACAAGAAUGGAGCCUUUUCUGUCACAGUCUUUGCCAACUGGACUACGGCUUGUUUGAUGCUUAGUACUUCCGAUAUUCUACUCUCAUGGUCUGAGAAGUUUGUUUAUAUUAUGGUUUUUAUCUUUUCGGUUAUAAACCUCCUGCACGUUUAUUUUUUCAUCAAAGAAACGAAAGGUCUCCCCAUUGGAAAGGCUUACAGUUAA